AUGUUGUUUCUUUCAGAGGGCUUUGUAAACGAGAAGAACCCUGCACUGAAAUACACUUUACAGGAGCGAAUUGGCCAAGGGGGUUUUGGAGCGGUUUUUCAAGGAGUUGACAAUGCCACAGGAGGACAGGUGGCCAUAAAGAAGAUUUAUCUUCGAAACAGAAAAAACAAAAGAGAACUAAUUAGAACUGAGGUUGCAGUCUUGAAGACCCUGAGACACCCCAAUAUUAUUGACUAUAUAGACAGCUACCUUUUAAAUGAAGAGCUCUGGCUGGUGAUGGAGUAUGUGGAGGGAUGUACUUUAGGGGCUGUAGUUUCCAAACAAGCUCUGGAGGAAGGGAUGAUAGCCUCUAUCUGUCAGGAGUGCCUGAAAGCCUUGGACUUCCUUCAUUCAAAUCAAGUGAUUCACAGAGACAUCAAAAGUGAAAACAUUCUUCUGGGAAUGGACGGAUCUGUCAAACUGAUCGAUUUUGGCUCCUCUGCUUGGCUUUGGCCCUGGCAGAAGAAACGGACAUCAAUCCUUGGGACUCCCUUCUAUAUGGCACCAGAAAUGUUGAGAGGAGGCAAAUAUGAUGCCAAAGUGGACAUCUGGGCACUUGGGAUCACGGCACUAGAAAUGGUGGAUGGUCCUAAAAAGGGUCAGAAGAAUCCACCGCAGCUGCAGACUCCCAGAGAUCUGUCUCCGGUGUUCCAUUCCUUUCUCAAGUCUUGCCUGAUUCAGAAAGCGAAGCGUCGAUGGACAGCCAGGCAGCUGCUGAAGCAUCAGUUUUUGAAAAAAUCCCAGAGUCUUGACAAGCUGGCUCCUCUGAUUGAUGCAGCCAGGAGACGCACAACACCAGCACCAGAACCUCUGCUGGCUCCCUGUGUUUCUGGACAAGAGGAUAAAGGAGAGCAAGCAGAGGAGGAAGUUGUCCAAGCAAAGCCUGAAGGAAAGAAAUCACAGAGUCUUCCUCAGCUGAAAAAGCAGAAGGUCAGCACGUGUGCUCCGAAAGGGCACGUCUGA